AUGCGCGCCACCCUCGUCAACCAGCUGCGGGUCCUCGUCCCCAUCAAGCGCACCAUCGACUAUGCCGUCAAGAUCCGUGUCGCAUCCGACGGCAAGGGCGUCGACCAGAAUGUCAAGUUCAGCAUGAACCCGUUCGAUGAGAUUGCCGUCGAGGAGGCCGUCAGGCUCAAGGAAAAGCACAAGGACGAUGUCACGAGGAUCACGGUCGUCUCUGCCGGUCCGCCGAAGACUGCCGAUGUUCUGCGCACCGCUCUGGCCAUGGGCGCCGACGACGCCAUUCACGUCGAGAUUCCGGACAAGGCCCUCGCUGGGCCCCUCGAGCCCCUGGGUGUCUCCAAGAUCCUGUCCGAGAUCGUCAAGAAGGCGGGCGAGGAGGAGGAGGUUGGACUGGUCAUUAUGGGCAAGCAGGCCAUCGAUGACGACGCCUCCCAGACCGGCCAGAUGCUUGCGGGACUGCUCAACUGGCCCCAGGCAACGUACGCCAGCAAGCUCGAGUUCCCCGGCGGCAAGGUGGAGAAGGGCGCCGAGGCGCAAGUGACCCGCGAAAUUGACGGCGGCCUCGGCAUCGUCAAGACCAAGCUUCCGUUUGUCAUGACGACCGACCUCAGGCUCAACGAGCCGCGCUACGCCUCGCUGCCCAACAUCAUGAAGGCCAAGAAGAAGCCCUUCAAGAAGUACACGCUCAAGGAGCUCGGCCUCGAGGACGCCGUCAAGCCGCGACACGAGACGAUCAAGGUGGCCGAGCCACCAAAGCGCGAAGGCGGCGCCAAGGUCGCCGACGUCGCCGAGCUCGUCUCCAAGCUCAAGGAGGCUGGCCGCAUCUGA